AUUCCGACUGAGCGCGAGGCAGGCAUCGGGGUAAACCGAGGGAGAGUGUGGGAGAGGAGGACGGUGUCUGCGUAAUGUUUUCUGUGAAAUAGAUUAGAAAUAGACGUCGUUGAGGUACCCGCGUAGCUUUUUGUUUAGCAUCGGGGCUGUCCUCGAGCGUCUACGCGAACUGUUCCGUGGUUCUGAAGUUGUUAUCGCCGGUGGAAUCGAAGCCGACUCGAGCCCCCGGUCAGUGUUUGGGAUGUUGGCGGCGGAAACCCCAUCUGUGGACGGACACUUGGCAGCAUCGACACCCCGCAGAAGAGGCAUGGAUCGUAAGCCAAGCAAAAAUGCCAACAAGAAAUUUGUACAAGCUCGUCUCCCAUUCAAGCGCCUGAACUCUGAACCCAAAGAGAACCACCCACAUAAACGCCCCUGUGCACAUGCCUACCCCGAACCUUCAGACAGAGAAAAUGAGAAUGAGUCCUCCCCUCUCCCCAGACAACCCUUGGUUAAUGGCCGCGGCCCCCUCGAUGGCUUCUUGAGCCAAAGGUGCCCCACAGCAUCUAACAAGAACACGGUUAUAGAUCUGACUGAGGACAACAACUUGUCUCCUGUAAAACGCCUUAUUUCCCCUGCCGCUCCUUCUCCCUGCCAACCGACAAAAGACAAGCAACACAGCAAAGACAAACCUGCCUCUUCGGAGAAAUCCAGCAACCUUAAUCAAACUCAGACACACACUGUAGACUGUGCAGUUGUCCAUAGUGAUGAUGAUGAUGAUGAUGAUGAUGAAGACGACGAAGAAGAAGAAGAGGAGGAGGCGGAUGAUGAAGAUGGAAAUCAAACAUCUAUUUCUCAGCUUGACAUAACACAGGAUUCUGACAGUGAACCAGAGGAGCCGAAUGAGUCAGGAAAUGUUUCCAGUUUGGGAAAUAAGUCCGUACAGUCAGCCUCAUCAGUGAGCUCCAUGUCUGAAAGUUCUCCAGAGAAGUCCAAGAGUGAUGACCCUACACCCACUACAACACCUACAGAGCCAAAGACAACCCCCAAGAUACCAGACGAUCAGAAGAAGCUCAGAAGAAGCUCAUUGAAGGGUUUACAAGAACAAGAGGAGAGGCUUCGUUUGCGUCAGGAGAAGGAAUGCCAAAAGGAAGAGGCUAAAGCUGCAAAAGAGAAAAAGAAAGAAGAGGCUCGCAAACUGAAGGAGGAGCGAGAAAGGGAAAAACGCGAGAAAAAGGAAAAAGAUGAGCGAGAGAAACGAGAGAAAAAAGAGAAGGAAGAAAAGGAAAAAGCAGACAAGUUAAAAGCAAAAGAGGAGCUACGGAAAUCCAAGCUAGAAGCAAAGCUCGAAGAAAAACGGAAGAGAGAAGAGGACAAGCGAGUGAAGGAAGAAGAGAAACGGUUGAAGGAAGAGAAAGAUCGCAUGAAAGCGGAGAAAGCAGAAAUUACACGUUUUCUGCAGAUAGCCAAGAUCCAACAAGCCCCAAAGACGCUUGCAGCCGCAUGUGGAAAGUUUGCUCCUUUUGAGAUAAAAGGACACAUGUCUCUGGCACCGCUGUGUCGGGUUCAGUGUGCAGACUCUGUUUUGGAGGAUCUUGACCGGUGUUUGUUGAAUCCAAGUAAUAACCUAAAUGGAUUGAAAGACUGGAUUGGACAAAAGCCCCGUCAGUCAGGACCCACCAAACGCAGGCGGACAGACGCACUCUGUGAGUCUGUAACAUUGGAUGGCCCUAAACCAGAAGGAGUUCCGGACCGCAAACGUUACGGACCCAUGAAGCUUCUGCGGUUUCACGAGAAUUACCGUCCAGCGUACUGGGGCACCUGGAGUAAAAAGAGUACGCAAAUCAAACCUCGCUGCCCCCUCACACAGGACAAGGAUUUGUUGGACUAUGAGGUGGACAGUGAUGAAGAGUGGGAGGAAGAGGAGCCAGGAGAGUCUUUGUCACAUAGUGAAGGGGAAGAUGAGGAGGAAGGAGGUGAAGAUGACGAUGAUAACGAUGGCUUCUUCGUUCCUCAUGGCUACCUUUCCGAUGAUGAGGUGGCGGUGGAAGAGGAGAGCGGCGACCAGGAGAACCAGAAACAGCGGCAGAGACUAAAAGCGAGGGAGUGGGACGAGCUAAUGUCCACCAAGAAGAAGAUGAAGGUGCUGGAGCCGGUGGUGAGGGGCUGCGUGUGGGAGGGAGAAGGACCUGGUCUGGAUCUUCUCCAGCCUUAUGCUGUGUGUCUGGUUGAGCCUUUACCCAAAGCAGACACCAGCCUCAGCGCAGAGGAGCUGUCGCAGAAGUGUCAGAGAGAAGCGCAAUUGCUCGCUCAGCUGUUGCCUCUUCUGCAUGGCAACGUCAACAGCAGCAAAGUGAUCAUCACAGAAUAUCAGGAGUUUUGUCGUCAGCAAACUUCAUCCGCUUCAUCAUCAUCCCCACCUAAACCGUCCAGCCCCCAGAGCUCAACAGAAAACAUCCCCACCAGAAUACACGUGAAGCGCCUCAUCAAGAGCAAUGCUGUUUACGAGAAGCGUUCAACUUACAGGCGCUGCUGCUGGUACGUGCACACAGAGGUCCUGUCCCGUUUGGGCCAGGAGGCUCUUCCACUGCCCUGCCAGUGGACCUACCUCACCACAGGUGCCCGAGAAGAGUCCCGCGAUGAACCCCAGGCUGCCACGGGCUCUCAGGGAAACUCUCCUACUACACCUCAGACCUCCUCCACCACAUCUUCAUCCAACAAGAGGAAGAGCACAGGGAGCAUGUCCAUCACCAAGUUCAUGAAGAAAUGCACUGAUCUCGAGCAGACGGAAGCAGACGGUUUUCAGGCUGACACUGAGGAGGAUGAUGAGGAAGACUGUGUCAUUAUCGCCACACAGACUGGCCCAAACAGAGAGAAAUCCUCCAGUGAUGGUGACGUCCUAAUGGAAGUCACCCCCUCCGACGCAGCUGCUCUCCCACUGGCCAGCGCCGCUCCUGCACUUGCCACUGCCUGAGAACCGGAUGCAGUCUCCCCCAACCAAGCUACUCCCGUUUCCUCACAAAUGUCUCCUUCCCGCCUCUGAACUCUGUGGUGCUUCAUCUUCUUGCAACAUGAAUCACCACACCCUGGUACAGGCAACUCGCAGCAGGCAGCAUCUGCUCAGUAUAGUGAGUUCCCUCUCACCUAAUAAUUGUUUUUAAAGAGUCAGGAGCCAUCUUGCCGUUAAAACAUAAUUGUGCAUAAAAUCAGUGUCUGACUUGACUUUUGAGGGCAGGUUUUUCCAGUAAUCAUUGGUCUGAUUUGUUUGCAGUAAAGUUUCAGUUGGGCAUGUUUGGCAUGGGCCUCUUUAAAGGGGAAGGUGGCGUCUUCCUGGCACUGCUUUAGCUGCAGCAGAUUGGGUUGAACAGAGGGAGGAAGAGCAGAAUGGAAAUACCUAAUUUUCUCGAAGAAGCACCCAAGAUGUUAAGAACAGCAUUAUUUACAUUUUUGACAUGUUGAAUUAAAGACAUGGAAUUUUUUACGCUCUAAAUGUAUAUAGUUAACCAGAAAUUAGUUGGGAGAUGAGAGGCUGAAAGUCUAUCAGAAUUCUCCCCUUUUGGUUUCAGUGGGUGCAUUUAUUCUGCAAUUUCUGUUUCUGACAACUCACUGGUGUAGUUGCUAGAGCUGUACUUGUACAAUUAGGUCCAAUGUCACGUGUUUUAUAAAUAUGUAUUUUCUGUAUUUUCAAGAGUACUUGAACAGGAUAAAUUCAUUAAACAUGAAUAAAAGUACUGCACUUUUA